AACUAAAUUAAUUAAAUUUUCAUUAUUAUUCUUAUUCUUAUUAUGAUGAUACAAUCAUCAAUUAAUAUGAAAUUAUCAUUUAGAAAUUGUUCAAUUCAAGUUAAUGAAAUAUUAUCAAAUUGUUUAAUUGAUUCACAAUCAUAUAUAUAUCAAUCUAAUCAUAAUGAAAUAUUUAAUGAAAUUGAAACUUAUAAAAAUGUCACAUUUAUUGAUUUAGAUAAUAUACAAUUAACUAAUAAUCAAUUAUUAGAUAAUUUAAUUAAACAAUCAUUUUUAUGUUCUAUAUGUCAUGGUUUAUUAGUUCGAACCCGUUUAUUAUCAUGUGGACAUCAAUUUUGUCGUGAAUGUUUAUAUUAUUGGUUUAAAAUACGUAAUACAUGUCCAUUAUGUAGAAAAUAUAUAAAUAAAAUUAUAUCUGCUAUAAAUAUUGAUAAUUUUUUAGAUGAAUUAAUUGAAAAUAGUUCUAAUGAAGCAUUAAAAUAUCAACGUAAACAACGUAAAAUUGAAAAAUUAAGUGAAUUAUUAGAUAAUAAAUUAGAUAUAAAUAAUUCAAGAGAUUUAUUACAUAAUGUUACAGAAACUUAUGUUCAAACUACAGCAUAUGUUGAUAGUACACAAAGUAAUGUGAUGACAGAUAGAACAACUUACUACUCAAAUAUGAAUGAAUAAAAUUGAUAAAGAAUAGGCAAUAAUCAUUAACAAUUUCAUAUAAUUUUUGUUGUUGUUUUAUUUGACAUCAUCUAUGUAUAAUGAAUAAAUAAUUACGUAAAUAUAUGAAUUUCUGAGUUUGUU